UUGUGCUCGGCGCCAGAUCCGGCCCCGCCGUCCGGCCGCUCGACCGCAGCUGCUCAUCACCUCCGGGGUCCCAGCCUCCACGGGCCGGGACCGCCGCCGCCGCCGCAGGACGGGGAGGCGGGCCAUGGCGUCCUGCGUGGGGAGUCGGACCCUGAGCAAAGAUGAUGUGAACUACAAGAUGCAUUUCCGGAUGAUCAACGAGCAGCAAGUGGAGGACAUCACCAUCGACUUCUUCUACCGGCCGCACACCAUCACCCUGCUCAGCUUCACCAUCGUCAGCCUCAUGUACUUCGCCUUCACCCGGGAUGACUCUGUCCCAGAGGACAACAUCUGGAGGGGCAUCCUCUCUGUCAUUUUCUUCUUCCUUAUCAUCAGUGUGUUAGCUUUUCCCAAUGGCCCAUUUACUCGACCUCAUCCGGCCUUGUGGAGAAUGGUUUUUGGACUCAGUGUGCUCUACUUCCUGUUCCUGGUGUUCCUCCUCUUCCUGAACUUCGAUCAGGUUAAAUCCCUGAUGUACUGGCUGGAUCCAAAUCUUCGAUAUGCCACAAGGGAAGCCGACGUCAUGGAGUAUGCUGUCAACUGCCAUGUUAUCACCUGGGAGAGAAUUAUCAGCCAUUUUGAUAUAUUUGCGUUUGGACAUUUCUGGGGCUGGGCCAUGAAGGCCUUGUUGAUCCGUAGUUAUGGUCUCUGCUGGACAAUCAGUAUUACCUGGGAGCUAACCGAGCUGUUCUUCAUGCACCUGCUGCCCAAUUUCGCCGAGUGCUGGUGGGAUCAGGUCAUCCUGGACAUCCUGCUCUGCAACGGCGGCGGCAUCUGGCUGGGCAUGGUCGUCUGCCGCUUCCUAGAGAUGAGGACCUACCACUGGGCCAGCUUCAAAGACAUCCACACCACCACCGGGAAAAUUAAAAGAGCUGUGCUCCAGUUCACUCCUGCUAGCUGGACCUACGUUCGAUGGUUUGACCCCAAGUCGUCUUUUCAGAGAGUGGCUGGAAUAUACCUUUUCAUGAUCAUCUGGCAGCUAACUGAGUUGAAUACCUUCUUCUUGAAACAUAUCUUUGUGUUCCAAGCCAGUCAUCCAUUAAGUUGGUGUAGAAUUCUCUUUAUUGGUGGCAUCACGGCUCCCACAGUGAGGCAAUACUAUGCUUACCUCACCGACACACAGUGCAAACGCGUAGGAACACAGUGCUGGGUGUUUGGGGUCAUCGGUUUCCUGGAAGCUAUCGUGUGCAUAAAAUUUGGGCAAGAUCUCUUCUCUAAGACCCAGAUACUCUAUGUUGUGCUCUGGCUUCUUUGUGUGGCUUUUACCACUUUCCUGUGUCUCUAUGGCAUGGUUUGGUACGCUGAGCACUAUGGUCACCGAGAAAAGACGUACUCAGAGUGUGAAGAUGGCACCUACAGUCCAGACAUCUCCUGGUCUCAUGGGAAAGGCUCAAAAGGUUCUGAAGAUAGCCCACCCAAGCAUCCAGGCAACAACGAGAGCCACUCUUCCAGAAGAAGGAAUCGGCAUUCCAAGUCAAAAGUCACCAACGGAGUGGGAAAGAAAUGAAAAAAUGCCUGGCUCGUCGCAGAUGUCCCAGAGAGUGCCUAGAACUGAGAGGGGAAACGGGAUGGUGUGGACCUCCCCGUGCGGAGGGCAAACACGCAGUGCCAUCGGGACGAGGAGAGGGGGCUCGGGGGUCAUUAUUUGAGAGCGUGAGUCUUGUUUCCCAUAGACCCGGCCACCCUGGGCAGCUCAUUGCCUGGGAUCCUUUGCCAAUUCAGGGUCUCUUCCAACUUCAGCACUUGCCAUGUGGUCACUGGGAGGUGUGCGGAGU